CAAGAGACUUGGAGACUCUUUACCUGAAGCCUGCAAAAUGAUGCUUGUAGGAGCUGUGUUCAGCAUUGCCCUUCUGGCACACAGCAGCUUCUGUGCACCAAAGCAUUCCAUUGUCAUCGAAUUCCCCGGUGAAAAGUCAGUCAGUGACCUUGAGUUGGCAAAGGAGUACCUGAACAAAUUUGGAUACAUAAAUCUCAAAAACAAUGAAAACGCGAUUGUUAGCCUGAAAGGUGCAAUCUUGAAGAUGCAGCACAGCCUGGGAAUUCCUGAAUCUGGGCAGCUCGAUAGCAAAACCAUCAAUGCCAUGAAAAAACCACGGUGUGGCGUCCCAGACGUCCGCAGUUACAAGACGUUCGACGACGAGAAGUGGGAUCACACUGACCUGACCUACUAUAUUGUUAACCACACUCCUGAUAUGGUUCCGUCAGUCGUUGACGAUGCUUUUGCUCGUGCGUUCAAAGUCUGGAGUGACGUUACUCCAUUGACGUUCAAAAGGAUCUACAGUAAUGACGCAGACAUCCUGAUUCAGUUUGGCAGGACGUGGCAUGGAGAUCCCUAUCCGUUUGAUGGCAAUGAUGGUCUGCUGGCACAUGCCUACCCUCCCGGCAAAGAUCUUUAUGGCGAUCUCCACGGUGACGCCCACUUUGACGAUGAUGAAUUCUGGACUCUGGGAAAAGGAGCAGUGGUUAAAACUCAGUUCGGCAAUGCCAAUGGAGACUCCUGCCACUUCCCAUUCAUUUACGAGGGAAAAACAUACAAGGCCUGUACCACAGACGGGCGGGAUGAUAACUCUCUCUGGUGUGCCACCACUGCAGACUUCGACAAAGAUAAGAAAUAUGGAUUCUGCCCAGAUGGACGUUUGUUCACCAUUGAUGGUAACAGUGAAGACAAACCCUGUGUGUUCCCCUUUGUAUUCGAUGGGAAAACAUAUGAGAGCUGCACUUCUGAGGGACGCAGUGAUGGUUAUAGGUGGUGUGCAACAACCAGCAAUUUCGACAUUGAUAAAAAAUAUGGGUUUUGUCCAAAUGCAGGCAACGCUGUGGUCGGUGGAAAUGCAGAUGGGGAACAGUGCAAGUUCCCCUUCACGUUCUAUGGUAAAACGUACAGUGAAUGCACCACCGAUGGUAGAGCUGACAAAAAGCUUUGGUGUUCUACCACCAGUGAUUUCAACAAAGAAAAAAAGUGGGGUUUCUGCCCUAAUAUUGGUUACAGCUUGUUUCUGGUGGCAGCCCAUGAGUUUGGACACAGCUUGGGGCUAGAUCAUUCCACCCUCAGAGAAGCCCUCAUGUACCCCAUGUACAAAUACGUAGACUUUCCAUUGCACCGCGAUGAUAUUGAAGGAAUCCAAUAUCUGUACGGACCAAAUCCAGGUUCCCCAGCCUUGCCCACCAUUGGCACACCAGAGAUCACAACAGCCCGACCGAGUAUAACAACGACCACUGAAGCGACAGGUUCUGACAUCUGCAGCGUGGACACUUUCGAUGCCAUUGCAGAAAUUAAAGGACAACUUCACUUCUUCAAAAAUGGAAAAGUCUGGAAGUUUGCGUCAAACAAACAACUUGUCACAGGACCUGAGCCAGUUACAAAACUGUGGCCUAAGGCUCCCUCCAAAAUCGACUCUGCUUUUCAAGAUAAAAGAACCCAAAAGGUCUACAUUUUCUCAGGGGAAUCUUACUAUAUAUUCUCUGGCAAGACUCUUGAGCAAGGCUAUCCCAAGAACAUCUACAAACUGGGCAUUGGCGACGAUGUUAAGCAUAUAGUGGGUGCUAUUAUGAAAGCCAAAUAUAAAGUUUUGCUGUUUGGUGGAACCAAGGUUUGGAGACUCAACCUGAAGACGCAGACGAUUGAGAAGAGCUUCACCAAUUACAUUGAUUACUAUUUUGCUGGGGUGCCUAUUGAUGCCAAUAAUAUCUUUACACACAAAGGGUAUUACAACUUUGUGCAUAAUGGCGUUUUCUGGAAGAUGAACCAUAAUCGUCAAAUUGAAUUUGUGGGUUACGUCAACCGCGAUUUGUUGAAAUGCAAGGAAUAAAUUCUCCGUCUUAGCAUCAGAAUUCUCUGGAAGAAGGAAUGUAUUUAAUUUAUUCUGUUUAAUUCAAAUAUUCCAUUACGCUUUCAACAUCAAAAGCAAUACAUGCAAUCCCUGAAUUUUUGUGUUCACAUUUUACCUGGGACUUCGGUUUGUUGUUUGAAGAUUUGCCUUGGAUGGUGAAUCUACUCAAAUGAAGGGAUUAGGGUGGGACUGCACUAUCCCCUUCCCCCCGCCCCAUUACCACCAGGUAAAUUGAAUGAGCAAAGAAAUUAAAGAAUUAAUUAUAAAUUGCAUGUGUUACUUGUAAUAGAUGCAUGAGUUGACUCUUCCAUCAUCACUAUGUCAACUCUUCCAUUAGUGUCAACCUUUAUUCGGGUUGAAUCAAAGUGCCUGCUGGACAGUGUAAAUCUAGAUUGAUAUGUAAUGCUCUCUUUAUGUGUGAAUGAUAGUAUGUCACAAAUGCCAGGUAAGAUAUAAAUGUGAAGCCAAUCUAAUCAAGUGUAUAAGAUGCACUGUGAUUGUCACUGCAAUACUUUGCUUAUUCUGAUACUGAGUGAAAUUUCAUGAGCUUUAUAGAAAGUCACAGCUUGAAGUGGAUUUACAUUCAUUGCUCAAGAGCAGCAUAAAGAUACCCAACCGGAAACUUUUUUUAAAAAAGUCCAACCACGGCUAUAUUUUAUGUCUUAAUCAAACUUUAGUAUUUAUUCUUAGUUUUCUUUUUCUAUUCGGGAACAAUAUAUUUUAUCAGGUCUGUUCCAGUUUUCUGACGCAAAGCUCCAGCUGUUGACCGGUGUAAUGGACAAAUAUGUUGGAAAACCAGUCAUGUUAAAGAAUCGUAAUAUCAGGCCAAAGUUGACACUAAGCGUGAACAGAUGGCAACCAAAAUCUGCCCAGCAAAAAGCUUGUGGAACGAGCUAAAUUAAAUCUUUCUCGAUUAGUUGGACCUCCAAAUCUUUAAUGAACUAGCGCUUGUUAUCGAAUUAUGCAAUCUGGCCAAUUUCUCUUCCCUUUACUUUUGCCUACGACUCAUCUCUGUCCAUAAGUCAGGACUGCCAAUACCAAUAUUAUCUUCCGAACAAGUGCUUCUUGCCUUUAUAGCAACACUUUUGACUCGAGCAUAAGCCAAAUUCAUGUACAUAUCACGGGUGAUUAAACUGCCACAUUAGGAUCAGAGGAAUAGAAGGAGAUAAUUGAGCCCAUUGAGUCCAUACAGCCAAUUCAUCAGAUAACGGCAGAUCUUUUAAUCCUACAUCCCUGCCUUUUCGCCACACCCUUACUUCUCAAGCAUCCUUUUAAACAUUUCAUUGAGUCUGCCUUUACAAUCUUUUCUGAAGGUUCACAUUAUCACACCCCUCUGUGUGAAUAUGUGAAGAGAAUAUUUUCUGAGAUUUCAUGAUUUGUUCUUUUUUGCCAUCAGUGUUCCUAGCCACAGCAGCAAUCAUCGAAUGAAGAACUUGCAAAUACCAAGUUUUGGUUAACAAUUGACUUAAGUACAUCAGUGUUUGGUAAAGCUCAGAUAAUAUAACCGUUAUAACUGAAGCUAAAUUAUUUUUUAAUAAGAAUUCAUGUUGGAAACUUUUUCAUAUAAUAAAUUGCUUUCUG